AUGUCGUCCGAAGACAUUUUCCAAGCCAUGUGUAAAGCUUGCCCAGCGGCAGCGAUCAAACAGGCGAUCGAAGCGAGUCACGGGCUGUUUUGGUACCCAGAGCAAAACGUGGAGCUAGCUUGCUCCAACUUUGCAGGAUUGCUUAAGGAGCUCUUCAAGUUGGGGAAGACGUUGCUGCCGAAGGAGACUCAGAAAGCAAUGGAGAGAUUCAACACUCUCCAUUGCAGCAAGCUCCUUGACGACAAGAGGACCCCCCGCAACCAAGGGCAGGGCAUCUUAAACAUGAUGAGCUUGGUAAACCGCAAACGUCGAAACCUCAAGGACGGCUCCCGAAUGUCCGACACCAUGAUCGAGUUAAUCGAAUGUUCAAGGACCGCCCCAGACUCCUGCUCUUCGGCAUCGAUCCAGGAGGGUCGCAGGGCAUCGUUGUCGGAGGGUCGCAGGGCAUCGUUGUCACCUUCGACACGUACCCCAAAGCACGGCCACACUCCGGACGAUAUCUUGGAGGCCUUUGGCUUGAAGAAGAAGGUGGAUGAUUCCGAUGAUGAUGCCGUCGUCGUCGUCGAGCCGCAGGCCCUUAAGGACGAAGUCGUGGAUCUUGAGAAGGACCUCGUGACGAUCAAGGACUACACCAUCCACACCGAUCAUGCAUUGGGCGUCUUGGUUCGUUUGCACAAGGAUGGCAGGGUUGAGCAGGCAGACAUGACGUCACCUCCGGAGAAAGGGUUCCUAGUCGGUGUCUUCGGCGAUGGCGAGCGUGUGGUGUCUGAGUUGCCAAGCUUGCCGCCGGUUUCAGGCAAGAUCCCUGUGGCCAUCAAGGCCAAGAAGGCUAAGAAGCCUAAGAAGGCUUCGAAGCCUAAAAAGGCCAUGAAGAAGAACUCCAAGCCGAAGCCGGCUAAGAGUGCGAAGGCGAAGGAUGCAGCUAUUGCUCCUAAAGCUCAAGGUCUGGUCCCAAGGGUCAUGAAACGAAUGAAGGGCAAGCAAGCUGAGCCGCAUGUGGCUUUGCACCGUGUGCGGGUGACAAAGGCCAAGGAGCCAGCCCGAGCCUACGUAACCGCCUGCCAAUGCGGCAGUACCCCAUCCCCCUCCUGCAGGCAGCAGCUCAUAGUAGAGUUUAGUGCGAAGCACUUCCCUGCAGAUUUCCAUGAAAGGGCGGUUCGUGCCCAAACUCGGAUUCAGAGCGAGGGUCUCAGCUUCUUUGCUGCUCGAAAUUUGAAGCAGCAGCUUGGCCAGUAG